AUGGCUCAUCUCCCACCUUCAACUGCCAUCUUCUCACCCUCGAUAGCUCGUAUUGCCGCCUCCGCCGCCAAAGAGUGGAGCUAUGUUGACAGCUGGCUCGCUUCAAAAUAUCAGGGCCGGUCAAUCCCGCUCUUCGAGCGCAAUCCCGUAACUCUCAAAGCCCUCCUCGCACUGGCAAACUCCAACGAAGCUGCGGAUGAAGAGCGUGAACUAGUUGCUCGGGCCGAGGUCGCCGCCCUCAAUGAGCUCAGCGUCGCCCAAGACCACUCCGAAGCCCAGUCAGAUCUCCCGACCUCAGCCACCGUCCGGGAGAGGAUUCUCGGUACCGUCCAGGAUCACCUCACUCGCGAAGGACGCACCGCCCUUAACUCGCUGGCCACAUUGUCAUGUCAACUCUCCGUGGCUCAUCCGGAUGCUGAGAGUAUUGGCCGCUCCAUGAUUGCUCUCCACGCUGAAGCCUCGGAGCUAGAGCAGAUGCGGCUUCGAGUGCAGAUCCUUCAAAAGCACAUUGAGCAAGAGUCGGCCAUGGCUACCGAGAUGUUGCGCACACUGAGAAGUGACGACUAUAAACCUGUCGCUGACCUGGCCGGGCAGAACUUGGAUAUGCAGAGGAGGAUUAAGGCGAUGGCCGCGCGCAUCCCGGAACUUAAGGACCGCAUGUCUACCCUCAACCAGUCCCCAGCUGCCUGCUACCCUACCAUUGAAAAGGUUGCCCAAGAUGAGGCUAGCUUUCUUGACCUCCUCACCCAAAAGAAGGGUCUGGAUGCCGAAGUCGGUCAGUUCUCGGCUCUCCCUGAUGAUGUCAAGACAGCCAGAGCCGAGCUAGAACACCUUCGCGCAGAGGUCCGAGCCGUUGCGCAGCACCGCGAUGCCAUUUUCGAAGGGCUCGUUGAACGCGAAAGCCCUCGCAAAGGCCGUUGA